GCUGACAGCUGAAGGUAGCGAACUACUCCUCCAUCGCCAUGGCAUCAUUCCAGCGGCGAAGGGCCGCCUCUUUCCUCUGCAGCAUCCUCAACUAGGGUUUAUUUAUCCUUCAUCUUCAUUCUUGACUCUUUCCAAACACUACACCAAUUGUUCAUCAAUUCCUCGGUCGGAAGGUUUGGAUUCUCCGUGUCUUUCAGCGUCUGAAUUGUGAUGGAAAACCCGACUUGAGAGAAGGUGAACAUCAUUGUUUCCAUUCAGCAAUCCUGUGAUGAGAGAAAUCUCACCUUAUCUAUUCCAACAACAGAACUUAUCUUAAUAAUGGAUCUGACAUUUAAAGGUAAAACAUGGGUUGGGAACAUAUACCAGAAAUUUGAAUCCAUGUGCCAUGAAGUUGACAAUCUAGUGAACAAGGACACAGUUUUAUAUGUCGAGAACCAGGUGCAGACAGUUGGUGGUAGUGUUAAAAGAUUCUGUUCUGAUGUUGUUCAAGAUUUUCUUCCUCUGGUGGAAUCUGGAAAAGAUGGAGCUCAACUAGUGUCUCUAAAACAAUGCAAUACAGUUGAUGACUGUAAUAGAUCAAUGGUUAAGGAAAAGCCAGUAUAUCAAUCUUCUGUUGGGCAGCAUCCUCCUGUUCAUUCUAUAAAGUAUAUUGAUGAACAGUUUAUCCAUCCACCUUCUUAUGAGCACAUUGAAGUGGAGGAAUCUGACGUAUCUUUGGGGUUAGAACUUGAUUAUCAGAAAGAUAAAAAGUCUGAUAUUGUUCAUGAGAAAAAUCACUCUGACAAGCUGGUGGAUAAGAAUUCUAAUGUUGAAGAAAAUGACAAAAUGGAGGAGCCAAUAGAUAAAAUGCCCAAAAUUACUGUUGACGAAAAUGACGUGGAAGAAAUGAUCAACGAAAGGCCUGAUAUUGUUGUUGAAGAAAAUGACUUGAAGGGGGAGGCAUCUUGGUUGGAGGAGUUGGAGUUAGUUUGUCCUGAAAAUAAGGAUUUUUAUGAAGCAUCGGUAUCAAGCGAGUACAUUGACGAGAAAAAUGAGAUCAUGGCCAAAAUUCCACAUGCAACUUUGGCUUGUCAUACCCAUAAAGACAAUGUACUUUGUGAUGGGUGUGUUUUUGAUAUUUCCAGCAUGCUCCCACCUUCUAAAAUGGACUCUUCAGCUGUUUCUCAUGAGAAUAAGAAACCAGAAGUGCAAUUUAUUUCUUCCUGCAGUUCCUUAUCCACAGACACUUAUAGCACAUCAGAACUUUUGAAUACAAAUAUUCCCUGGAACUAUGAGAACAUGUGCUAUAAUCCUGUUAAUUCAAUUAAUGGUGAUUCUUAUCUCUCUGAUGCUUCUCAGCCAUUCCCAAUUUUAUCUUGUGAUAACAAGAUUGUGGAUGUUGAAUUGGCUUUCUCCAGCAGUGCUUUGUCACUAGACACAAAAGAUGUCAACACCUUGACCGAUAAUGCUGCUUCUCUGGCUGGAUCAUCUGGCAAUAGGUCUGGCCACUACUAUGAGUGUACUCUGGUAGAGUCUUCCUUGAAAAUUGGAGAGGCAAGUGACUGCAGAGUUGACGUUGCUGACCCCAGCUUAGAAACCAUUGAUCUGUCUGAGAAGGUGAAACCUGAUGAGAGUUGUGUCCUUGUGGAUAGCAAAUUGUUUCUCUCUUACAGAGCUCAAAAACACAGAUCAUACAAGAAACUGUUAAAGGAUGCUUUUGCAUAUCGGAGGAGGUUAGGAAAGGAGUAUGAACAGCUGGCAAUUAUGUAUGGGGAUAUUGAUAUUGAUAUUGAUUUCGGAGGGGGAGAGCAACCCAUGCAGAAUCCCUCGCCCGUUACCCCCACCGCAAAAGCACCUCUAGGUUCCAGGAGAUCCUCUCAUGAUUUAUGCGACCUGGAAUGGGAGCUUCUCUAAGUUGUAGUCUCUGUAAAGAAGAGUGAAAACAAACGCAGUGGUUGAACAGAGCAUUCUACACGUUCCCAAAGAUGAAGUUGCUGACUGGUAAUAAUUUAUUUGUUAAUAUUUCCCCCUUUACGUAGGUUUGUUGGUUUUUAAGUAUCAAAUAAAGAGUAAUUUUUCCUGUGUCGGAAUAGAAUUGUACAGGGAAUAUCACUGGUUUCUUAUUUCUGACUUUUUGAUGCUCUUGCUGAUGUUUUAUAUUUUUUGAAGAAUAAUCUACAGGCCACCUCUUAUUUAUCAGACAUUAAAUAAAGAGUGAUAUAAAAUAAUAAAAAAAUGCCAUGCCCUUGGUUUUAGAA